AAGUUGAAGAGUCAAGACCGGCCGAACGAAACUGGAGCGCCCAACAACUCCACUUCCUCAAAUGCUCGUUCUAAUCAUCUACAGUCCUCAAAAGUUCGACGUCAGUUGUUCUCGGUCACCAAACUUCACGGUUGCCAGCUCUGUACAUACAAGAAGAAGACGAGCUAUAUGUGUCGGGAUGCUUGAUUUUUGGUUCAAUUCAGUGUACCUUUACAUCCAUGAUCGUCGAUCCUUUUGCUACGAGCCCUGAACGGAAUUAAGGGACGAGGAAGGAAGUCUAGAGCGAGCUUGUGGCAUGGCUCUGGACGAUGUUGGCAAUGAGGUAGACCUUCUCCUACGCUCAUGCCAUUGCAGGUAGAAUCUUCCAUUUGACUACGUCGACUGAGCACCUCAGUCAUGUAGUUGAACCGAAUGGCAGAACAACACCAGUCCACGCACAAACCUCGGCAACCUUGAGAACUGUUCGCUCCUCUGAAAGCCUUGGUCAUCGACUCGACGUUUUCGAUACCACCUCCGGAUAUUAAGGUACCGGAGCCUCAUGUUCAAAUUCUCGAGAUGGAAGCACUACACAGCCUUUGCGGCCUGUAUUGUUUUAUUCACAUUUGUCUUCGUGGGCAACCCUGCCGAAGACUCAUUCCUUGAGAAGCCCUUAAAGCGCGCGGGAGGACCAUUUUUGGGAUAUAAGAAUUGUAACUCGGAGACCAAAGUGGCAUUUCUCAAGACUCACAAAUGUGCCAGUACAACAGUACAGAAUAUAUUUCUCCGAUAUGCAUAUGGUCAUGAUCUGAAUGUGGCCUUGCCACGUGUUGGCAACUAUGUGGGGCGGAACCGGCCAUUUCAUCGCUCUGUCCUCUGGGAUACGCCCUGGGACGCCAUUAAUAUGACCUAUAAUUUUUAUUGCCUCCACGGUAUUUGGAAUUAUGACGAGGUGAACUUGCUCAUGGGCCCGGGAACCAAAUACAUCACAAUUCUGAGAGACCCUAUAGAGCUAUUCAUCUCCAUGUGGGACUACGUGAAUUUUUCCAAGUCUUACAAAGUCACCUUGGAAGAAUAUGCCCUAAGUAACAAAACCGGUCUUCUCAAAGACCGGAAGAACGUGGCGCAUUUGGGUCGAAAUCAAAUGUUAUGGGAUUCCGGAGUCCCAGGACCCCUCUUGAACGACCAAGAAACCAUCUUGGACAAGAUCAAUGAACUUGAUCGUACUUUUGAUCUAGUCAUGAUUGCAGAGCACUACAAUGAAUCUGUGAUACUUUUAAAAAAUCUCCUGUGUUGGGACUACAAGGAUGUAGCUUCUCUUAAACUGAACAGCCGAAACAAAUCUGCCAAGUCCACUCUUUCUUCCAAAGCCCGCGAAGCCUUGAAGGAGUAUCUGGCCGGAGAUUACAUGUUAUACAAUCAUUUUUUGGCGAAAUUCAAAUACAGUCUUCGGAAGUUUGGCGAAACCAAAAUGGCCAACGAGUUAUCUAUUUUGAACACCAUCACUUCCGGCAUUGAGGAGCGAUGCAUUGCUGAUCGGGUCAACAACUACAAGAUUAAAGGCCAAUUCAAGCUGUAUGGUGAUGGCAAUAUGAUGGGUUUUCAAUUGAAAAAUGGGACAGACCGAGAUUGCGAGUCGUAUGCCUGGCCUGAAGUGAAGUUUCUGGACCUCGUGAGAAACGCUCAACGUAACCGUACCGACCAAAUCCUCGUCAGCUUGAACCUAACUGAGUCGGAUGUGAUGGCCAAAAGUGUCUCGUCUUACAAUCCGAUGAGUUUUGUCAAGAACGGUGUCCCUGACUUGGAAGCCAUGAAGAAGGUUUACCGAUACAAAUAGAUCAAUACGUCCUGAUGCUUUGAAUAUUCAUUCUGAACUUUUUUCUACAACGCGACAAUUCCAGAUAAGGUAUUUUGUUAUUUUCUAUAUUGUACACAUAAAUACUGCUAUAUAAUGUAGUGCCAUAUUCUUGUAACUUACCGCAAAACAAUAAAUGAUGUGAGCUUUGUCAUAAA